AUGGCGCUACUGCUGCGCCCUGCCGCGCCCGCCCGCCCGCUGCUGCCGCUGUCUCCGCCGCUGCCCGAGAGUCUGCCGGGCGCCAACGGCACCCAGGCGAAGAGCCGCCCGCACGGCUGCGACAACGGGGCGCUGCUGGACCGCUUCGGGGUGCUGGUGCAGGCGCUGCUGGCCGUGGUGGCCUUCAGCACCCUCAUGCGUAAGUGGAGCCCUUGCCUGCCUGCCUGCCUGCCUGCCUGCCUGCCUGCCUUACACCUCCCUCUGACCCUUUCUCCUUUUACCUUUUCCUCCCCUCUUUUCCUGCAAAUGACUCAGUGUCCUGGGUUCGAAUCCCUCGCUGGGCAGAAAGGUUCCUGCUUUGCGCGGGGCUGGACUAGAUGCCUCUCAUGUUCCCCUCAAAUUCUACAGUUCUGCGAUUCUGCCUUUUCCUCCUUUCCCCCCCUUUCUUCAUUCUCCCUUUUCUCUUCUCUCCUCCUUUUCUCUUCCUCUAUUCUCCACCCUCUCUGUUCUCCACCUUUUAUUUUAAUUUGUUUUUAUUAAAGGGUUUCCGUAGUUACCAAGGGUACAUGCAACCUCUCUGUUUUCAAUUCAUAGAGUCCUUUCUGCGGGUCAGUUCGGUUGCAUUUGGUGUGAGACACUGGUGUCGUAGAUAUUGUGAGGUUUAGGGUGGCGGGGGAGAGAAUCUGGGAGAAAGAAGGCGAGUAAUGAAUUUUUAUUCUUUAUUAUGUGUGCAGAAACAAACAAACAGACAAAUAAAAAACCUACGGUAUCCUCACAGUGCUGAUCAAAAACUCCAGUUUUUUUUUAUUUGUUCCUCUCCCUCACUUUUUCUUUCUUCUCUCUCUUUUUUUGCUUUCUGUUCCUCUUCCCUUCUUCUUCUUCUGCUUUCCCCUUCACCUAUCCUGCUAAGGUGGGACGCGGGUGGCGCUGUGGGUUAAACCACAGAGCCUAGGACUUGCCGAUCAGAAGGUCGGCGGUUCGAAUCCCCACGACAGGGUGAACUCCCGUUGCUCGGUCCCUGCUCCUGCCAAACUAGCAGUUCGAAAGCACGUCAAAGUGCAAGUAGAUAAAUAGGUACCACUCCAGCGGGAAGGUAAACGGCAUUUCCGUGCGCUGCUCUGGUUCGCCAGAAGUGGCUUAGUCAUGCCAGAAGUGGCUUAGCCACAUGACCUGGAAAAACUGUCUGCGGACAAGCACUGGCUCCCUCGCCUAGUAAAGCGAGAUGAGCGCCGCAACCCCAGAGUCGGUCAUGACUGGACCUAAUGGUCAGGGGUCCCUUUACCUUUAUCCUGCAAAGGUAGUUAGUUUGUUCAGGGACAGCAGUUGAGUUAUUGAGUGUUGCCAGAAUCCCAGCCUCCCAACAGCAAGGCUCUGCGGAUCCUUGCGAAAGGACACUUUUGGUGGAGAAGAUGCAGCAAAAGGCAAAAGUCGGAUGCACUGAAAUCCCAUAUGCUUGAGAAGCAUCUCUGACACCUGGCCAUUCAGCCGCCUUCCUUGAAGUGGUCUCCUCUUGCCCCCCCUCCUUUAGCCUUCCUCAGAGUGACCCUUUGCAAUCUGCCUGCCUGCUGCCCCAUCCUCCGGCCAUCUUGCACCUCUGACUCUGAAACAGGUUCCCUACCCCCCUAAAUAUCGGUCAGAUGAAAUCAUUAAAAACCUUGCAAUCAAUCAAAAAAGUGCCCUUAAUUAAUCUAGCAGCCAGUGGGGUUUUUUCAUGGAAAAGUGCUGGCAAUUCCUGUCUUGAUCUGAGUGUUGUUGGCGGCAGCAUAAAAUGAUUGCCGUUGUCUCAAAAAAAAAAAGAGGCGAUGGUACUCCCGAACAAAAAGCAGUGUGUGUGUGUUAUUAUCUUUAAUGCAAGUAUUUAGAAAAGCUGCACCUAGAAUUAUAGAAAUGUUGAGUUGGAAGGGACCCCGAGGGUCAUCUAGUCCAACCCCCUGCGAUUCAGGACUCUCAACUAAAGCAUCCAUGGCAGAUGGCCUCCCAAAAGGUUCAAGGAAAGAGAGUCCACCACCUCUCAAGAGAGACGGUUCCACUCUUGAACCACUCUUACUGUCAGAAAACUCUUCUUGAUAUUGAGUCGGAAUCUCCUUUCUUAUAACUUGAAGCCAUUGGUUUAGGUCCUACCCUCCAGAGCAAGAGAAAACAAGCUUGCUCCAUCUUCCAUGUGACAGCCCUUGAGAUAUUUGAAGAUGGCUCUCAUAUCUCCUCUCAAGUUUCCUCUUAUCCAGUCUAAACAUACCCAGUUCCCUCAACCGUUCCUCUUAAGUCUUGGUUGCCUUCCUCUGAACACUUGUCAAUAUCCUUCUUAAAUUGUGGCGCCCAGAACUGGACACAGUAUUCCAGAUCUAUUUGGCCUGCCUUGUUGAGGAGUUGAGGUUAGACCGAUGAAGGACUGAUGGGCUUGAAGUUUGAUGUUGCAUCUUAGUCUGACUGAAUAUUAGGGUGCCUUAAUUUUGUCCUAAUAGGCUUUGCCCUGACUUUGUUAUUAUUAAUUUAUGUGACUUUAUUAGUCACUUAUCAGAAAAAGAAAAAUCUCCAAAUGGUUUAUGUACCCUUGGCCUUCUAAAGAGUAAUCUUAGCAUGUAAUGAUGUCUCUUGGGCCUGUCCCAACUUCUCCCCAGACAUGAAAGUUACUCUCUUGCGCUUCUCUUUUAAUAACUGAGGGCCAUGGUGGAAUCUUCUGGGGGUAUCACAUAUUCAGGUCUGUCAAGAGGCCUAGGAACUUAGCUUCUGUUUAAGGCUUGGACUUGUAAGUAGCAAGAGCUGUUGCUGUUUUAAGGGGACAAAAGUGAGGAGAUAAGUUGCUCUCACAGCUAGUGCAUGCAUGCAUCCUAAACCUGGAUCGUAAACUUUGCCUAUUAUCUGAACGUCCUAAACAUUUCCCCCCACCCAGCACCCCCUGGGUUUUGCUCUUUAGCCAGAUGCACCAAGUGCAUCCUAGCUGUUUGUCUUGCCAUGUGUUGCUCCCGGGACUCCGCCACGCAGCUGCUGAGUCGGUUGCCUUGCAUUGUUCUACAAAACUCAGCCAUCUGGAUGAGUGGCGUUGGUGAAGCUAAGAAUGCAAAGAGGGGAGGGGCCUAGCUCAUCGGCUGCGGGCAAGUCCUGUGUCUGCACAUGUCCCUGACGGAGGGCUCUGUUUUGAGCUGGAGAUGUGGAUAAGCACAGAAAUCCAAAUCUUGCAUGUGUUUUCCUUUUGUGCAUUCCGCAGUCAGAGGCAUUAAGAGCUUCUGAGUACCAAUUGCUGGAAACCAUAAGAAGAGGAGAGUGCUGUUGUAUUUUGUUUUUUAACUUUUAUUGAUAAAUGCAAUGCUUACAAACACAAACCAGAACAUUAAACAAACUUAUGUUGUUGUUGUUGUUUAGUCAUUUAGUCGUGUCCGACUCUUCGUGACCCCAUGGACCCGAGCACGCCAGGCACUCCUGUCUCCCACUGCCUCCCGCAGUUUGGUCAAACUCAUGCUGGUAGCUUCGAGAACACUGUCCAACCAUCUCGUCCUCUGUCGUCCCCUUCUCCUUGUGCCCUCCAUCUUUCCCAACAUCAGGGUCUUUUCCAGGGAGUCUUCUCUUCUCAUGAGGUGGCCAAAGUAUUGGAGUAUUUAACUGAGAAUCAAUCACUUUCAGUGCAUCAUUUGAGAAAAAAGACUGUAGAGCCAUCUUGUUCAAGACUUUCCAUUUUGUCGACUUCACCCUUGGUUUAAGAAGACAUUUGGCACCUACCUUGUAUAUCUAAGUUUCUAAUACUGCGUGGUGGUAUUUGUAGAUCUAGCUCCCUCCCUUAAGCACAAUUUGUUUGGCUACCCCACCCCAGAUGUUCACCAAGCCACAGAGACAAGAGGAAAGAGCACUGGAAGACCAAACCAAACUUUGGAAAAAGAAGUCAUGGCUUGCUUUAUCAUCAGUGGGACAACUUGCUAUUUUGUUAAACUGCAGUUUAGUGUUAAUGCACUAAGUAGGCACUGCAGAGUGAACAGUCCUGUUCUACGCGGACUUGUAAAUUUGGGUUUGAAAUUUCACCUCGUUGGGUGAAGCUGAAGCAGAAACAAAGUGCCGCCGUCUCAGAGUUGCGACUGAAAUUAAUUUAAAUGGUUCACAGAAAGACUCUGGGUCCCAGGGAGAAUAGGAAAGUACACAUACGGCCUCUCCAGAUGUCCUUUUUAUUGAACAUUCAUCAUGAUUUGUGCUCGUGAUGUUAUGUGGCAGUGAUCUACGAUACUGCUUUUAAUCCCAUUCGCACCUGUAGACUUUCCAAGGCGGUCGCACUGCUUUCUUCGUAAUAAGUGUGCGUCCUGUCAUUUCCUGCUAAAAUCCUGUGACAUUUCAUACCACAAAUGUUCUGAUUAGAGGGUUUUUUCUGGUCCUGCUUUUGUUGUGCUAUAGUGCAAGGGUGCUGCUCCAUACAGAAAGAAAGCAGAAGCCAUUGCAGAACAGCCAACAGAGGAAAUAUUGAGGAAACAUUGCAGAACAUCUAACAAAGCAGAACGGUGUGUGGAGGGUCUGGUAUAAAUUAAUCACAAAUGUGGUUUAAUUGCAUCAGUGAUAUUUUGCAGUAUACACCCAUCCUGUCCCCCCCCCCCCAAAGCAAGGAAAAACUAAGCCCAGUUGGAGUGGCCCAUAGAAUAAGGCUAAAUAAAACUAAAGGUUUUUUAAAACUUUGCAAGGAAACCACCAAUGGAAACCCAUCAUUCUGCCAUUCCUCUGAAAGGAGCCCAGGGCAGAACUAAGGAUUGGAUCUGGUACAAAGGUGCUUCCUCUGUUCUUAUAAGAACCUGCAAGGAAAAUAACAACAACAACAACAACAACAACAACAACCACCACCUUCAAAGAUCAUUAGAGUUGUCAUCCAGCAACAUCCUGAUUUAAGUUUUUCAGAACCCUCUCAAACGUACACAAGAAAUACUGUAUUUUUUGCUCUAUAAGACUCACUUUUUCCCUCCUAAAAAGUAAGGGGAAAUGUUUGCUGCUUUCACUGCCUAGCGAUCCCUCUUGCUGUUCUGGCUUCUGAGAAUAUUUUUUUUCUUGCUUUCUUCCUCCAAAAACUAGAUGUGUCUUGUGGUCUGGUGCAUCUUAUAGAGCGAAAAAUGCGGUACCCCUUGUCAUCUGAAAUCAUCAAAUUUCAAGUGUGUGUGUUGUCCUCACGAUGCCCUCCGUUGAAGAUGCUGAUUCCACAGCGGCAUCCCAGAAUUGCUUUGAUGUGCAUCUGACGCCCCCCCCCAACUUUUUAGGUCAAGCAAAAUGAAAUGGAUCCCAUGGCCCCCUUAAGCCCCCAUAAUCUUGGCUGGCGCUCUCCAGUGCAGAGCCAUCUCUGAAUUAAUGCCCUAUUAAGCAGUUAAUUAUUUCUCUCUCAUACUCCCUUUUAUCUUUUAAUGCAGCCGUUUUACUGCCUGUGAUAAUUACACCGUCUCUGAUAACUCUCUUAAAUCUAAUGAGGCCUGACAAGACCUGCUCAACAAGGCUGCACAUCAUUAACUCUCCUCCUUUCAAAGUUGUCAUCUUAUCACCCUCAACAACUGUAUUAUUUUGUGUCAUUUUCCAGAAAGAGAGGAUCUGUGUUUGUGUGUGUGUGUUAUCCUCGGAUCUCCUGGCUAGCUAAGAACCAGGUUCAUCACUUCCAGGCUUCCUCACCCUGAUUUGCUAGCAGAAUGCUGCUUAGUGAAAUUGACUUCCUGCGGCUUCUGCCAUAAAACUGAAUGGGUUCCCAUUUAGUUCUGUGGGAGGAAGUUGUUGUUUAGUUGUUUAGUCGUGUCCGACUCUUCGUGACCCCUUGUGAUCCUUGAGCCCAGAAGUCCCUGAAGCAAACCUUGACCUGUUGAUGAAUCUUUGUUUACUGUCCUUCUGGUUGACACUAAGAACAGAAGACCCUGCUGGAUCAGUCCAGCGGCCCAGCAUCCCUUUCUUGUGGUGGCCAACCAGAUGCCCUGGUCCUGAAUGGGGUAACUGUGCCCCUGAAGGACCAGGUGCGCAGCCUGGGAGUCAUUUUGGGCUCACAGCUGUCCAUGGAGGCGCAGGUCAAUUCUGUGUCCAGGGCAGCUCCAUCUGUACGCAGGCUGAGACCCUACCUGCCUGUGAGCUGCCUUGCCAAAGUGGUGCAUUCUCUGGUUAUCUCCUGCUUGGACUACUGCAAUGCGCUCUACGUUGGGCUACCUUUGAAGAUGACCCAGAAACUACAACUAAUCCAGGAUGCGGCAGCUAGACUGGUGACUGGGAGCGGCCGCCGAGACCACAUAACACAGGUCCUGAAAUACCUACAUUGGCUCCCAGUACAUUUCUGAGCACAAUUCAAAGUGUUGGUGCUGAGCUUUAAAGCCCUAAACAGCCUUAGUCCAGCAUACCUGAAGGAGCGUCUCCACCCCAUCAUUUUACCAACACGGAGGUCCAGCUCCGAGGGCCUUCUGGCGGUUCCCUCACUGCGAGAAGCAUAGCUACAGGGAACCAGACAGAGGGCCUUCUCAGUGGUGGCGCCCACCCUGUGGAACACCCUCUCAUCAGAUGUCAAGGAAAUAAACAACUAUCUGACUUUUAGAAGACAUCUGAAGGCAGCCCUGUUUAGGGAAGCUUUUAACAUUUGAUGAAUUACUGUGUUUUAAUAUUUUGCUGGAAGCCACCCAUAGUGGCUGGGGAAACCCAGCCAGAUGGUUGGGGUAUAAAUAAUAAAUUAUUAUUAUUAUUAUUUUACAGAACCGUCCCCCUGCCCUUUCUACAGCCAUUAAAAUGUUUGUCUUUCUUUACAGUAAAACGAUUUAAGGAACCGAAAGGAGAGAGGCGACCCUGGAGAAUAUGGUGAGAUCACUUUGUUUUUCCUUAAAAAAAAAAAAAAUUGAAAAAAACCUCUGUAUUACAGUAUGUUGUAAGUCACUCAGAGGCUUUGUUGUGUAGCGAGCGACUUAAAAAAGUUCAAUAUAUAAUAGCAAUGCGUUCCAAACUCUUUCAAGGUUUUACGAUACGUCGAAGCAAGCCAUAGGCGCCCUUUUCAUCCACUUUGCCAACGUCUUCCUGUCUGACCUGACUGAAGAAGACCCCUGCUCUCUGUGAGUUUGGCUUUGCAUGUGAAGGGACCUGGGUGGGCGUCGGGGGCUGGAGUCAGGCUCAGGUCAGCCAUAAAGCACCCCGUGUCUGUGAAGUUAACUCUCCAAGGAAACCAAAACAGCUCAGGUCUAGUGAUCACCACAGCUCUUCUCAGGAGGUGUUGCCCCAACGAGGCAGUUGCAAGGUGUUACAUAUGAAAAAUGGUCCAUCAAGACUUAAGGUCUUCUGGAUCCUUAAUAAAAUGAUCUUGAACAAGUUUGGUGAAAUAGGAAAGCUUUAUCGAAUACGCUUGCAAGCUGGUAACCUGAGUACAGAACAGGCACACCAAGAUACAGAAACCACAGCAUGUCUUGUUUGUUUUAUUAACAUAAUAUCAUCCCAUUUCCCCUGCUAAUCAUUGUACAAAUAUGGUCAAGAGCCCCCUUAGAUAAUUUUAUUGACCCAUCAGCAGAAUAUCUGUAUUGCAGGGUGGUCUUCAUUACCUACUCACUGACCACAAGCUGCUCUACUUUUGUGCCUUAGCCAUUGUCUGUCCCUAAUACAAGUUCAAGCCAGUUUCUUUAUCUGGUAUUAACCAACAGGCAUAGAUAUGUGCGGUUCCCAUGUUCAUGUUCACAACCGCAAGCUACAUCCUUUGUGUGUCUUACAAUGUGAACCUUGCAAGUGUGAGAUGUUUGGUGUCUAGGAGAUACAUCACUUUUCUAAUCUGUCUUCUUCAUAUCCUGGGGUUGUCUUGUGGUUACUUUUAUCAGUUCUAAGCUGUCGGUUUCUGUACUCACUAUUCGCCUAGCAGGCAUCCGUUCUUUAUAUGAGAAGCAAAUAAAGCAUAAAACAGAAUCAAUGUAAGGGAAAUAAUUGCAAAUGUAAGGGUAAAGAAUUGCUUAGAAGCAUCUUAUUCAAAAAUAGCCAACCUAUAGAUUAAAAAGCAGAGACAUCACCUUGCCAACAAAGGUCCAUAUAGUUAAAGCUAUGGUUUUCCCAGUAGUGAUGUAUGGAAGUGAGAGCUGGACCAUAAAGAAGGCUGAUCGUCGAAGAAUUGAUGCUUUUGAAUUCUGGUGCUGGAGGAGACUCUUGAGAGUCCCAUGGACUGCAAGAAGAUAGGGCUGAUUUCCUUAAGAAUGGAUAGGUUCUGAGUGCUCACUAGAAGGACAGAUCCUGAAGCUGAGGCUCCAAGACUUUGGCCACCUCAUGAGAAGAGAAGACUCCCUGGAAAAGACCCUGAUGUUGGGAAAGAUGGAGGGCACAAGGAGAAGGGGACGACAGAGGAUGAGAUGGUUGGAUGGUGUUCUUGAAGCUACCAGCAUGAGUUUGAACAGACUGCGGGAGGCAGUGGAAGACAGGAGUGCCUGGCGUGCUCUGGUCCAUGGGGUCACGAAGAGUCGGACACGACUAAACGACUAAACAACAACAACAACAUAGAUUGAAAUGUAGACUGUAAUGAGUGUGCUCAAAUAAAUGUUUGGAUAAAACAUCUUAUUUCAUAAACAAUGAAGAGGCAACAAUAUAUUAUUUCUCACACAAUGUCCCCACGUUCCCACCACUCCCUAAGACUCCUUCUCCCCCUGGGUCCUUCCCAAGCAAUCUCAGGCUCCUUCGCCCAGUGGCGUAGCGUGGGGGGUGCAGGGGGGGCCGGCCGCACCGGGCGCAACAUCUGGGGGUUAGGGUUAGGGGGCGCAAAUUCACGGGUUAGGGGGCGCAAAUCCACGGGUUAGGGGGCGCAAAUUACUUGCCUUGACCCGGGUGCUGACAACCCACGCUACGCCACUGCCUUCGCCUAUUUUCUCAUUGCUCCACCCUCUUCAUUCCUCUUCGUUUUCUGGGAGACCGGGGAGAAAGGGAGCUGGUCCCAGCAAGAGGAAGAGGCUCUCUAGCUUCAACAACCUGCCUCCACUCUGCCUCUUGGUCCCCCUCUGAUUCUGGCCUGCUCUCUGCCACAGACUCUUCCUGCUCACUAAGCCCUGUUGCCUCUUCAGCUUCCGAGACCUUAUCCCCGCCUUCUUCCUCUGACCACUCAAUGCCGUCCCACCACCACUUCCCGGGCUCUGAGCCCUCUGUCACGGUCCGGUUCAUGGGCGAUCAAAGUCCCGGCAGGGAAUGUCAGGACCGGGGAAAAGAUGGCGAGGUGGGUGCAGGAAUGGGGGUCCGGAAGCCAGGAAGCCAAGCGUCCGAGGGUCAGAGAGCCGGGAGUCAAGAAGCCAAGGGUCCGAGGGUCAGGAAGCAAGGAGUCACAAAGUCAGGGGUCCGAGGAUCAAGAAGCAAGGAGUCACGAAUUCAGGGGUCUGAGGAUCAAGAAGCAAGGAGUCACGAAGUCAGGGGUCUGAGGAUCAAGAAGCAAGGAGUCACGAAGUCAGGGGUCUGAGGAUCAAGAAGCAAGGAGUCACAAAGUCAGGGGUCUGAGGAUCAAGAAGCAAGGAGUCACGAAGUCAGGGGUCUGAGGAUCAAGAAGCAAGGAGUCACAAAGCCGAGGUUCAAGGAUCAAGAAGCAAGAAGUCAAACACAGCAAGGAAGGAAUCGUGUUCCUGUGGCAAAGAGCCAAAGGGAAAUGCUGACCUUAUAUCCCUUCCCGGCUCUUGCCACCAGGUGCUGUGAGUUACCAAUCGGCCUCAUCUGUGCGGCCGCGCCUUGCCUCUUGAGAACAAACUUAGGAAGGUCCCAGUCCUGCAAAGUCCUGUUGGUCACAGGGCCUGGCUCCUGCACGCACACCUGACACCCUCUUCCUUUGGGGGUUCCCCAGCUGGUGCCUCCAAUGCACCUCUUCGUCCAGCCAGCCCAUAGCAGUGGGUCUAUCUUCCGGGGCAGUGCAUGUUUGGAACUGGGGAACACCCAGUGGAGAGUGAUCUCCGCCUAAGUCAGACUGCAGAGAAAAAGCAAUUUGGUUCCGGAAAUUCAUUCCGAUUGUGCAGAUAAAAUAUAACAGAUAGCAUUCUGCAGGAUGGGGUAUUAGUUUGUGAAAACAGUCCAGAUCCAAUGAUCCCAAGAUGGUGGAGAUGUCAGGCACAAUCCUGGCGGCCCAGGAAACUUCACUUAGUCGCAAGUGGCCGAUAGAUGCAAAAUGCUCCUGGCGCCUGGCUAAUUUCGAACACUGCCCUUGAUGUGUCUGAACCAGAGCAGGAGGAGAAGGCCAGUGGUCUAGGGAAUGGAGAACUGGGUCCCUGGUGUGGCAGGUUGGCAGAGGGGUGUUCCAUCCCCAUGACUUCAGACACCAGGAAGUAUUUGUGUGGAGCCACACCUGACACACUCCUGUCGGCAAGGAGCCUCCUUCGAGGGAGACGGCUGAGGGUAAAUAGGAUGCUGAGCUCCCAAGGAUGUUGAGAUGCCAGCGCAAGAAGAUCUCAAGACCCAACCUACUUGAAGGAGUGCUGUUUGCUCACCCAGUUCCAUCCUCACCAUGCUAAGAGCUGUGCUAACCUGCUUUUUCGAAAGGACGGUCCAGGAGUUUGUGUGUGUCACCUGGUAGAACAACAGUUUAGCUUGUGCUUAGCUGGGUAUCCAUAUCUCUUAAGUAUAUGUUUCACUUUGUAACCUGAGCCCCGCCCAGGUACCAAUCUGAUUUAUCCAUUAAAGCCAGGGUGGAUAAAAAUCAAUUAUUAUUAUUUUUUUAAAAAUAAAAUUUAAAAAUCAGAUUUUAUUUUUUAUUUAAAUCAGAUUUUUUUUUUUUAAAUUUAAAUUGGAUUUUUAAAAUAAAAAGCUUUUGGAGGAAUUUUUUUUCUAAAGAGAGUUUUCUAUUGAAGUUACAUUAUAGUUUAAAGUUUUUCAUGUAUGCUAAAACUCAGUCUAGGUUUUUUUGUUUUUUGUUUUGUUUAACCACAUCAGUUAGCAAACAUGGAUACAUAUGCUACAAUGUUAUUGUUUUAGUUAAAUAAAUUGUUUAAAUUGUUAUUAAGGAAAUGAUUAUUUUUCUCCUUCCAAUAAAGUAUAGCAGAAAAGUUGUCCAAAUAUAAACAGUUAACUUAUUAAACCUCAUAAUAAUUUCAUCAUUAUCUGUCUCUGUAUUUCUAAUAGUAUAACCAAAUCAGUAUUUUUUGAUAUAACUGUAAAAACUACUCUGAAAAUCUAUUAUUCCCAAAAUUGAAACCUUCAUCUGGUUGUCAACAUUAAUAUGAUACCAGCAAGAAUGAGUAUUUCUGUAAAAAGAAAUGAUUUAAAUCAAGUCUUACUGACGAAUAAUUUAAAUCCUGAUUUAAAUUGACUUGAUUUAAAUCAAAUCCACCCUGAUUAAAGCCUUGGGCAGAAAUGGUGGGAGUUUUCAGUGUGUUCUGGAGUGUUCACAUGGGUUUUUAUUUUAUUUUAUUUAUGUAUUUACCUAUACCCCACUCCCUCCCCCUUCAUUGGGACUCAAGACGGCUUACAGAUAAGAAUAAGAACCGCUAAAAAACAGUUGUAUUUUUUUAUUACAGCUACCUGAUGAAUUUCAUCCUGGACGCCACUUUGGGGAUGCUGUUAAUUUGGUUCGGCGUUAAAAUGGUGUCCUGGGUUGUGGAGGGUCGGAAAUGCAUGCAUCUUGUCUUCGGGGAGUAUGGUAAGUCGAGACCAAUCUACUUCAGAUGGUUGGUGGUUCAAAUCCGCACAAUGGGGUGAGCUCCCGUUGCUCUGCCCCAGCUCCUGCCAGCCUAGCAGUUUGAAAGCACACCAGUGCAAGUAGAUAAAUAGGUACCAUUGUGGCGGGAAGGUAAACGGUGUUUCCGUGCACUCUGGCUUCCAUCAUAGUGUCCCGUUGCACCAGAAGCGGUUUAGUGAUGCUGGCCACAUGACCCGGAAAGCUGUCUGUGGACAAACGCCGGCUCCCUUGGCCUAAAAGCGAGAUGAGCACCGCAACCCCAUAGGCGCCUCUGACUGGAGCUUUUACCUUGACCAUGACCGUGGGCUAGUCACACUUCUUUGAAGUCUAUCAGCCUCACUCACCUCACAGAGUGUUUGUUGUGGGGGAGGAAGGUAAAGGAACAUUGUUAGCCAUUUUGAGACCCCUUAGGGUAGUGAUAAAGCGGGAUAUCAAAUCCAAACUCUUAUUCUUCUUUACCUUUACUUGUUUUGACCCAAUAACAAAGGACAUGUGCACAAGUUAAGUUGUCUUCCUGCCCAGAAUAAUGUGGCAAGAUUCAGAGAAGCCGCUUUCAUAGAAUUGUUGAGUUGGAAGGGGUACCACGAGGAUCAUGUAGUCCAACCCCUUGCGAAAGACACACCAUUGAAAUUACAAAACACCACUUACCGUAUUUUUCGCCCCAUAGGACGCACUUUCCCCCCUCCAAAAAUGAAGGGGAAAUGUGUGUGAGUCUUUGGGGCGAAUGCAGGCUUUCGCUGAAGCCUGGAGAGCGAGAGGCAUCGGUGCGCACCGACCCCUCUCGCUCUCCAGGCUUCAGGAAGCUAUCCGCAAGCCUUGCAGCCCCGGCGAGUGUCCGCAAGCCUUGUGCGCCCGGCAGAAGGUCCAGCUGGGUGCGCGAGGCUUGGGGCGGCAGCCUGUCGCCCGAAGCACGGGGAGCCCUCCGGAGGGCUCCCCGUGCUUCGGGCAGGUGUGCGCAAGGCUUGGGGCGGCAGCCGCGGCGGGGGGGGGAUAUAUUUUGUUUAUUCAUUCCCCCCCCAAAAAACGAGGUGCGUCCUAUGGGCCGGUGCGCCCUAUAGGACGAAAAAUACGGUAAUUUUGGUCUGUUCUGAAAUUGUCUUUUUUGUGGCAGCUUGUCCUUACAGUUCCACUGGGUGGCAGCAGUUCCUACCAAAUGCGAAAUCUGACUUCACAGACAGAUCUUAAACCGCACUUUGCCUGAUGUGAGAUAAAUUGUCAGUCCUGAUACUUAAAGAGCAGCUCGCCCACCCACCCACCCCCCAGUUUAAUUUUCGUUUUAUAACAUAUAUACCACAGGGAGAGCAAUUAUAACAGGCAAAAAUUAAAAGAUCAAAACAACACCACAAAACAGGCAUUCAGAAUGAGUACAAUUGCGCAGGGGUUAAAGUAAAAGUCCAAGUAAAGACUAUCGGCGUUAUCAUGUUGUAAGUUAGUUGGAUGUUAGUAGGGGAGCUGGCACUGGUCUUAUUGGCUAAUGGAACAGGCCAGAAAAUAGCUUAUCUCCUGAGUUUACGCCAAUAAAACUCAGAGAUGUGAGGAGUUAGGAGUCCAUUGUUUAUUGCAAAGCAAUAGGUUACAGUCGGAUCCUUCCGCAAAACUGCAACCCCGCCUGGAGGUCCAGGCAGUGGUAUUCAUAAAGUUUCAAACAAAGCAUUUCAAUUUCCACCAAUCAUAUACAUCAUUACCUCAUUUCAUCUUUAAUACGCAUGCGCAAUAAGCACUGGCAAUUUCUGCUGAUUAAGUUCUGAUUCCCACCGUGUUCUGUUACAUUGUGUUAGUGUGCAUGUUGGGGACCUGUGUUACGUGUAGCCAUUUGCACCACGUAGCAACUUGUUGUUGUUUAGUCGUCUAGUCGUGUCCGACUCUUCGUGACCCCCUGGACCAGAGCACGCCAGGCACUCCUGUCUUCCACUGCCUCCCGCAGUUUGGUCAAACUCAUGCUGGUAGCUUCGAGAACACUGUCCAACCAUCUCGUCCUCUGUCCCCCCCCUUCUCCUUGUGCCCUCCAUCUUUCCCAACAUCAGGGUAUUUUCCAGGAGUCUUCUCAUGAGGUGGCCAAAGUCUUGGAGCCUCAGCUUCACGAUCUGUCCUUCCAGUGAGCACUCAGGGCUGAUUUCCUUCAGAAUGGAGAGGUUUGAUCUUCUUGCAGUCCAUGGGACUCUCAAGAGUCUCCUCCAGCACCAUAAUUCAAAUUCUGGCGGUUCUGGUCCUUGCCAAAACCAUCCUUGCUGAAAUAUCACAUGGCAGUGAACUCAAAACAGACCAUUUUCUACCAUUGCCCUGCCUUGCCUUCCCCUCUGUUCUUCAUGAAACAUCAACCAUCGCUCGCCUCAGGCAACUUAGCAAAGGCAUCUCUUUUUGACCAGGCUUUCCUGAUCUGUGGCAUUCUUUCUGAAUUCCUGCUUUUUUAUCUGUGCUACGGCUGGGUAAUAUAGCAAUAUAUCAUCUGAAACCGGUUUGAAGGCCAUAUAGUGAUAUCGGUUUCAUAAUUUUUGACCUGGCAAUAUGUCACAAAUCAUGACGUCUGUUUGUGCGCUGUGCAAAAAUCACAAUGUGGGGAAAACUGUGAAGCGACCCAACCAGGGCCGGAUUAAGGUUUGAUGAGGCCCUAAGCUACUGAAGGUAUUGGGGCCAUUUAUAUGUCCAGCUAUCCUUUGUCAACAACAAAUUGCCACUGGUUUUUGUGUUGAAUAUAUGCUAUCUGGUAAUUUCUGGACCUAUAGGGACGCGGCUGGCACUGUGGGUUAAACCACAGAGCCUAGGACUUGCCAAUCGGAAGGUCGGUGGUUCGAAUCCCCGCGACGGAGUGAGUUCCUGUGGCUCUGUACCAGCUCCUGCCAACCUAGCAGUUUGAAAGCACGCCAGUGCAAGUAGAUAAAUAGGUACCGCUCCGGUGGGAAGGUAAACGGCGUUUCCCUGUGCUGCUCUGGUUCGCCAGAAGCGGCUUAGUCAUGCUGGCCACAUGGCACGGAAGCUGUACACCGGCUCCCUCGGCCAGUAAAGCGAGAUGAGCGCUACAAUCCCAGAGUCGGUCACAACUGGACCUAAUGGACCAUUCAGAGCCCUUUACCUUUAAUAGGUAUCUCAAGCCAUUUGCACAUGUUGCCAUGCAACCAGUCCAUGCAGAAUGUAGGCACCUUAUAUAUAGAAAUGAGCAAAAUGAGUAGUAUUUUAGGGAGCAGGCUAGCAGGCGGAGCCCAUUACUUACAUCAUAGGCGCCUACACAACACAAAACACUGUUGCUGUAUGUAGGUUUUAAUUUAUUUGUUUUUUAUCUUAUAUUUUGGAAAUGUACAUCCAGGUGUUUUUUCCUUUACAUUUUUUUGGGGGCCCCAAGAGAGUGGGGCCCUAAGCUAUAGUUUGUGUAUCUUAUACGUAAAUCCGGCACAGCACCCAAUGGCUCUACAUUUCUCCAUCCUUAUUUCAGACAUCGCGUUACAUCAGCAUAUUGCGAUGUUUCGUUGGUGACAUAUCACAAUGUUGAAAACCAGCCCUAAUCAGUGUUUAUAAUACUCCUUUUACUGUUUAUGCUGUACCUUGGUUUUUAUAACGUUGCGUUUAUGCUCUGUUUUUGUAUACAUAUGUGGUUUUAAAAGAUCAAGCAGUUUUGAAAUGCUUUUUAAAAAGAAGUGUUUAAAAGUGUGCACUAAAAACAAAAUAAAGCCCAAGCACCCAGCCCCUAAGAUUGCAAAGACAGGGUGGGCUUGUUGAAAACAUGUGAGACUGCGACUGGUUAAAAUCUCAGGAACUAGAAGAUGAAGCUGAGAGCAAAACAUUGGCUAGGACAAAUUAGGGUUUCCGAUCCUUUUCAAAACUUAAAAAUAUUUAGUUAUUUGUCUCCUUUUCCAGGCAAAGCCAGUACAGCUGCCUGGGGUGGGGGUGGGAGGGAGGGAGCUAUAGUUUAGAGGGCGCCCGGUUGACUUAAGACUGUUCAAGCAUCUUCCAUGAUCAGGUUUGUGUUUGGGCUGUGGGAAACAUGAGUCUUUUGUUUUGGUUGCUGGAUUUUGAACCGAAGGCCCGUGUGUGUGUGUUUGUGUGUGUGUGUGUGUGUGUGUGUGUGUGUGUGUGUUUUGAUUCUGGCCUGUUGUCAUGGCGACGUUCAAACAUUUCCAUCACAAUUCUUACUCCCCGAAGAGCAGCCAAAACGAGUUCUUAACCAUUUUUGUUUGGCUUCAAAAAGAAAUCAUUCUUCCUCCCCAUCUUCUGCUCUCCCCACCCCUACCCUCCAUGGAGAUUUUUGAAGCGUGAGCAAUCAAGAUAGGGAAACACCUGCCUCCUUUUAAAAACCCAGCGUCGCGAAUUUGCUGGCAGGCAAACCUGUUUGCAGACCUUUGGAGGCUGAUGGGGACACAUAUCUCUGUGUGGGAGCAUCAAAAGGUUUUUUUCCAGGCAAGGCAGGGCCUCCUUGGUGGUGGUUUUCUGCUUGUUGAAUGUCCUCCCUGGUGAGGUGCAUGUCCUCCUCCCCCCCCUUAUUAACAUUGAGGAGAAAUUAAAAAUAUUCCUGCUCACCCUGAUAUUGGGUUGCUAAACGGUGCUGUGUGUUGUUCAGCUGAGUUUUACUUCGAUGCUGAAGAAAUAUAGAAUUGUUGAGUCGCAAGGGACCCCGUGGGUCAUCUAGUCCAACCCCCUGAAAUGCAGGAAUCUUUCACUCAACGUGGGGUUCGAACCCACAACCCUGAAAUUAAGAGUCUUGUGCUCUUUGGUCCCAGGCUCAACCCCCAGUCAUCUGAAUCCCACUCCCUCCUCAUCUCGGCACCUAGCCAACUUCACAGGGCUGUUGUGGAAUUAAAUUGGAAGAGAGAAACAUGUACGCUGCCAAGAUCUCUCAGGGCGGGGUGUCACAGCCCGGUUCAUGGGUGAUUGAAGUCCAGGUUGGGGACGUCGGGACAGGGGUCAAGAUGGUGGGGUGGGAGCAGGAACAGGGGUCCAGAAGCCAGGAGUCAGGGGGUCAGAGAGCCAGGAGUCAAGAAGCCAAGAGUCCGAGGGUCAGGAAACAAGGAGUCACGAAAUCAGGGGUCUGAAGAUCAAGGAACAAGGAGUCAUGAAGUCAAGGGUCCGAAGAUCAAGGAACAAGGAGUCACGAAGUCAGGGGUCCAAGGAUCAAGAAGCAGGGAGUCAAACGCAGCAAGGCAGGAAGCAUGUUGUUGUGGCAAAGAGCCAAAGGGAAAUGCUGGCCUUAUAUCCCUUCCCAGCUCUUGCCACCAGGUGCUGUGAGUUACCAAUCGGCCUCAUCUGUGCCUCUCCAGAACAAACUUAGGAAGGCCCCAGUCCUGCAAAGUCCUAUUGGUCACAGGGCCUGGCUCCAGCACACACACCUGACACUGGGGGCGGGGGGAGAGAAAGGUGAGAUCUAAGCAUAUUAAAAAAUAUAAAAAUUACUUGGAUUGAAUUAUCUGAACCAUGGGUAGGCAAACUAAGGCCUGGGGGCCGGAUCUGGCCCAAUCGCCUUCUCAAUCUGGCCCGCGGACGGUCCGGGAAUCAGCGUGUUUUUACAUGAGUAGAAUGUGUCCUUUUAUUUAAAAUGCCUCUCUAGGUUAUUUGUGGGGCAUAGGAAUUCAUUCAAUAAUUUUUUUCAAAAUAUAGUGUGGCCCCCCACAUGGUCUGAGGGACAGUGGACCGGCCCUCUGCUGAAAAAGUUUGCUGACCCCUAAUCUGGACUGUUGUCUUGAUUUCAAGUGCUUCUGGGGAAAACCAGCGACCAUCUGGAUGCUUUAGCUGUGAUACCUGCAUUGCUGCGGGUUGGACUAGAUGACCCUCGGGUCCCUUCAGACUCUAUGGUUCUGUGAAGCGCUCUCUGUCCAGCUAAAGCAUCGUGGGCAAAUGGCCUGCCUGUUCAAUUCUGUUGCCUGUACCGCGUGACGCAAGGGCAUCAUUCAUCUUCAAUGCACGACCUCCUUUGCCAAGAUGUCAAGCAGAGCUCUCCCCCUUUAAAUGCAAGUGACCUUUCAAUAUUGGCUUUUGUGCUUUGUACAGAGGAGUAACUGUUCUCUGGGCUUUUUUCCAGCCUUUGCUGUCUUUUAUAGCUGCUCGUGCGUCUUCCGAUUUGUACGUGAGUUUGCACAGUUUCACACAAAGACUCAGUAAAUCAGGCAGGCUAAUGUCUCGGGGCUGCUGCCUGCUCAGGACCUUGGAAUCGCGGCGGAUUAAAAAUAAUCCCAGGGUGCAGCUCAUAGCAAAAGCAGCAACGCUCCCUUACAAGGCAGUCAAAUUCCACCAUCUCCUGGGAAGUGCGUGUACACCCUGGAGGGGAAGUUUUGGUGCUAGAGGGCAGUGGAGAAACGAGCUAGGAAAGACGGAAGCUGAGAUUUGGGACUUGUCUUUGCUGCAGACAGUGGUGGCAAUGGGUGCUCAAUGGUACUUGUGCUGUGGGUGGUAGGAAGACCACCAGCAGGGGGCGCCAGAGCCAGCCACAGGCAGAGCCGUCUGCCGGAAAGGACCAUAGCUCAGUGGUAGAGCAUCUGCUUUGCAGGCGCAAGGUCCUGGGUUCAAGUCCCGGCACUUUCAGGUAGGGCUAGGAAUUGCAUUUGUGAAGAGUUGCCCCGCUGCCAGUCAGUGAAGGCCAUUCUGAGCUAGAUGUGGCCGGAUUUCAUAUAAGGCCAUUUCCUGUGUUAAAACCCUCCCGACUGGUCGUAAGUAAGACGACAGGAAGGUGGGAGCUGGCUGAGAGGUCUAAGGCUGGUGGGGCGCAGUGCUUACGGAAGCUUUUCAUGUUUGAUGCAUUAUUGUAUUUUAAUACAGUGCUACCUCUGGAUGCGAACGGGAUACGUUCCGGAGCCCCGUUCGCAUCCUGAAGCAAACGCAACCCGCACCUGCGUGUCUGUGUAUGUGCAGGCUGUAAUUCGCCACUUCUGCGCAUGCGCAUGACGUCAUUUUGAGCGUCUGCGCAAGCGGCAAAACCCGGAAGUAACGCAACUCCAACCUGAGGUACGACUGUAUUUUGUUGGAAGUCGCCCAGAGUGGCUGGGGAGGCCCAGCCAGAUAGGCAGGGUAUAAAUAAAAAAUUAUUAUUAUUAUUAUUAUUAUUAUUAUUAUUAUUAUUAUUAAGUGCCCAGUUUGCCCUAAUGAGUAGUCACUGGUUGCCCCGACCCAGCAGGCUCCUCUUAUUUCAUUACGUAUUGAAUUGUAGAGUCUGAAGGGACCCCGAGGGUCAUCUAGUCCAACCCCCUGCAAUGCAGGGGAAUCUCAGCUAAAGCAUCCAUGACAGAUGGCCCUACAACCUCUGCUUAAAAACCUCCAAGGAUGGAGAGCCCACAGCCUCCCGAGAGAGACCAUUUCACUCUGUUGUAUUUUGCAUAAACACACCUUUAUUUUAUUUUUUUUAAUAAAUGUUUUUAUUAGCAUUUUCAACAUAUCAAAACGUAUCAUAUUCAUUAUUUCCCCCCCUUUCCUCUCAAACCCUCCCUCCCCUCCCCCAAAGACUUCCCUCAGCUCCUCUCUGAUUUCUCCUCUCCUCUGAUUUCUCAGCACAUAUUAUUCUCUGCAUAAUAUAAAAUUAUACAAGUCCUUCUAUUAUCUGUCUACCAUGUUAUCAAUCAAUAAAUUUGUGUAUGUUUAUUCAAAACCUGCCAAGGAGUCCAGUUCAUUUUGUUCUUUUUAAAUAGUUUGUGAAAAGUCACAGUUGUCCUUGUCUCACAGUUUAGCCAAUUCUGCAUAGUUUGUCAAUUUCUCUUGCCACUGUUCUUUUGUCGGGGUUUCCUCAUUCUUCCAUCUUUGUGCUAUCAAGACGCUGUUGUUGCAUACAUAAAUAAAUUCUUUGUUUUCCAUGGCAGGUCUUGUCCUACUAUCCCUAACAAAAAUGCUUCUGGUUUUUUAAAGAAAUGUCAUUUUAAACAUUUUCUUCAACUCAUUAUAUAUCAUUUCCCAAUUUUUUAAAACUGCAUAAACACACCUUUAACGGCUCAAAAAGUGUUUCGCUUACGUUGUCCCAGAGAUCUUCCACUUGUUGCCAUCUCAGUAAAAGUUGUGCCAAGGUUUAGUGCGGACACAGCCAUUGGUAGUGGAGCGUCCUGCUUCUUCUCUGCCCGGCCCUUGACACUCAACAACAGGGAUGAACUAGGAAGAUGGUCCAGUGACUUUUCCAUCAUUUCUCUUACAGAUGCCAUUGGAUUUCGCUUCUCCAAAGUCUAAAAGCAGCAGCCCUUGUUUCUUAGGAAGGCCUGCAUGCUAAACAAACCCUUUCCCUGCCUUUCCUCUGUCUCAUCCCUCUUUCCACUUGAUGCAUGUGCAGCCUUUGGGGAGAGAUGAUAUUUUGGGGGCUGGCUCGGACUCUUGACUUUGAAAAACAUGCGGUUUCGUCUCAGCUUCUUUUUCAGUCUCUGCCAGAAACAGUCUGCUUCCUCGCAGCAUAACUCAAGGAACGGGAUGGGCUGCAUUCUUACACGGACCAGCCAUUCCAGUUUCAAGCAGUGCUCAGUGUAUUUAAAUAAUAAUAAUAAUAAUAAUAAUAAUAAUAGCAUAAGAUAUCUAUAGAAUACAGACAGCCCUGCUUGGAAAUGAGUUGCUGAAUCAAUUUCUCCUCCUGCUAAGUGCAGAAGAAACUACGGAGCAGUUUGCUGAUUGACCUGGCUAAAACUCAUAUGGUUUGCUGUCUAGGGGCCGUUAACUCUGUUCGGCUUUCUCAAUAUCUUCCAAAUUUGUCAUUGCUAAUGCACGCUUUUGUUCCUGAGUGGGGGGGGGGGGCGGCUUGGGCAAGUGAAUCUUGAGUGAAGCCCCCAACAGGCCCUUGGCUGCAUUUUUACUGGCAGGUCAAAAUGUUUUCAGUUACUAAUUUCCAGAGGGGAAGCUGUGAUCGCCUGCUACAGUAGAAGCGGAUAAAUAAUAAUGCAGUAACCUUGUGGCAGGGACGCGGGUGGCGCUGUGGGUUAAACCACAGAGCCUAGGACUUGCUGAUCAGAAGGUCGGUGGUUCGAAUCCCCACAACGAGGUGAGCUCCCGUUGCUCAGUCCCUGCUCCUGCCAACCUAGCAGUUCGAAAGCAUGUCAAGUGCAAGUAAAUAAAUAGGUACUGCUCCGGCGGGAAGGUAAACAGCGUUUCUGUGUGCUGCUCUGGUUCGCCAGAAGCGGCUUAGUCAUGCUGGCCACAUGACCCGGAAGCUGUACACCGGCCGCAACCCCAGAGUCGACCACGACUGGACCUAAUGGUCAGGGGUCCCUUUACCUUUUAACCUUGUGGUGCCUUAAAGGCAGCAAGUUCAUUGGGGGCAGCAGUUCCUAAACUGUGGCCUGUGAGCAUCAUCCAGGUUUCCCGCAGUGUGUCUGGAAAAAUACAAUUAAAAAUCAUGCAUCAUCUAGCACAGCACUUUACAGGUGCUACAGUGAGCGGAAGAAUUAUGAAGGGGUCCACCAAGACCCUCAGCAAUUUUCAAGUGGUCCAUGGGGGAACCAUAGUAUUAGGGUAUGUGCUCUGCAGAACUCUACAGUGGUACCUCGGGUUAAGUACUUAAUUCGUUCCGGAGGUCCGUUCUUAACCCCAAACUGUUCUUAACCUGAAGCACCACUUUAGCUAAUGGGGCCUCCUGCUGCUGCCGCGCCGCCGGAGCACAAUUUCUGUUCUUAUCCCGAAGCAAAGUUCUUAACCUGAAGCACUAUUUCUGGGUUAGCGGAGUCUGUAACCUGAAGCGUCUGUAACCUGAAGCAUAUGUAACCCGAGGUACCACUGUAGUUUCCUUACACUUGUGGCAUAAUAAACUGGUUGGUCAUUUAAGGUGAAUUUUAGUUGCUCCAUCAGCUUGGAUAACAAAACAGUUAUCAAUAGCAAUUUUUCUUGCAGGUCUUACUGCUUUCUGCUUUUGUUCUUGUAUCUGUUUUAAGGUAUGUGGGUUGGUUGGGUUUUUAAGCCUUUUGUGCAUGCUCCUUUUUAGACAUUGCAUUUGGAAAAGGAGCCAAGAAAAGGUUCAAGUGAAUUAUAACUUGUGGGCGGUUUUUGCCUAUUUAGUGUGCCAUAUUUCUGUGACAUAUUUUUAAUUUUGCAAAUAGACACUUUGACUAUUGGCACUGGCCAGGGAUGUUUUGUCGAAUGUGCUGCGAUUCCUUAGGAGUGUCAGAAGCACUUAUAAGCGCAGAACGUAACUCAGCUUCCUGAGGAUGUCAGCUUUCAUUCUUUCCACAUAUAAUACAGACAUACAGGAAACAGGUUUCUAGCCCUUAUGUUUAUGAAGAGAUGGAUGAAAGAAUAUUGGCUCUACAGACGCAGAUGCAAAUAAAAAACAGAAAUACAGACCGGAAAAGUACACAACCAAACAAUUCAAAAAAGAGAAAAAGAACCCACCAAAGAUUUAAAAGAAAGAUUUGGGGGCAAGGGAAUGCAGAUUUAUUCCAAAAUAUCUGUGGUAAAAAGCUCUUUCUGUCUGUCUGUCUUGGCCAGGGGCCAGCAAAUUUUUUCAGCAGGGGGCCAGUCCACUGUCCCUCAGACCUUGUGGGGGGCCGGACUAUAUUUUGAAGGGAAAAAAUAAACUAAUUCCUAUGCCCCCAAAAUAACCCAGAGAUGCAUUUUAAAUAAAAGCACACAUUCUACUCAUGUAAAAACACGCUGAUUCCCAGACUGUCUGUGGGCCGGAUUUAGAAGGUGAUUGGGCCGGAUCUGGCCCCCAGGCCUUAGUUUGCCUGCCCAUGGUCUUGAUGCAUUUUGUCCUAAAAUGCAGUGUUUUUUAGAUGUAUUUUGGUCCUUUAAAAAAUAAAUAAAAACAACUGACUAUUUUGCAGAAUGUGCAGAAUCCAAAGGGUAAUUUGUUCCAGCCCAGGUAUCAUUAGUCCAGGAGGUCGUAAUUAGGUCAAUGUGCUUAAAAAGGCAGCCCUGGCAGAAUUCUCCAUCCCUAGCCAAACACAAAGGCCUCCAGUCCUGUGGGAUUUUCAAUUGCCUUGGAAUAACACCCACCCCCCACUGGCACAUCACACAAAGUUUGGGGGUCUGCCCUAGAUCCCCAGACACCGUACCCUGCACUGGGAAGGGAGGCCAGCAGGACUGGUAUUGGAGAAACAGAAACCCAGAGCUCCCUCAGGCAUGCAAACUAAUUUCCCCCAUUUCUUCUGGACCCUGGCCUAUAAAUUCUCCCAUAAACACUUCAUUUGCAACCCUCUUCUUUUUCGCAAGAAAAUAUUUUGCAGAUGUCUUCGUGCCUCUAAAUCUUCAUUACCCCCCCUUCUCUUCCAGUGUUCAGAUCUUUGGGGACAUCUGUUCUUUGCACUGAUGCCGCAGUGAACAACUGAGCGUUUUGAGGGGUGCAAAACUUGUUUUAUGUGGUUGCAAGCAGAGAGAGAACUUGGUUGUAUCUGCAGUGCUUUUCCCAUCCCAGUUGGCAGUAGCAGGUGGGCAGCUAUGCUGCUUUUUUUAAUUUACACAGCACAUCAUUUGCACCCGAGCUUGACAUUGCAUCUGGAAAUGUUUAGUGGCGUUGGAACAGCUGCGAGAUGUUUAAAGGACCCUGUAGUUUUGUUGUGGGUUUGUCUGUCUUUCUUUUUUUCCUGUUAGCUAACCUUUUCUUCUUCAAGGGUCACUGCGCACUGGCAGGGAGUAGAUGACGAGCUCAAGAGAAGCAGAGUUCAAGUGCAGAAAGGAAACAAUCCAUUUGUUCUCUCUCACGGCCAUGGAAGACAAGGGGUUUUUUUUGCCCAUGACCCUGACCAUUUGAGCCUCUGUCUGUGUUUUGUGCAAUGCCUGAAUGAUGUUAAUGUCAUUGCAUCAUUCAGCGGCAGGGAAUCUUUUUUCAGACUGAGGGCCACAUUAACCUUCUGGGCAAUGUUCUGAGGGCCAUUUGCUGAUAAUGGUUGAGGCCAAUUUCUAAUUGGAAAUCACAAGAAGUUCCUACCAUUGUGGAGUGGCAGUCGAAAAUGACAGACUAUGCGGAACUAGCCAGACUGACCGGAAGGAUUUGGAACCAGGAUGACCAGAGAUUCCAGGACAAUUGGAGUAAAUUUAUUGAGUAUUUGAAGGACACCUGCAAAAGCUUAAAAACACUAGCAGGAUUGAAGUAACUCCUACACUGUAAAAUAGAUAAAAUGUGAUGAUAAAAUACGUGAAAAGAAAGUGAUAAGGGAUAUCAACUGAAGGGAGGGAGGGAGGUCACAGCUCGGCAGAGCAAAAAGGUUUAUAUAUUGAUGAAUGUAUGGAAAGAAAGAAUAUGUAAAAAAAAAAAAAAAUUAUUGGGGGGGAGAUAAUGGGCGGGGCCAGAUACAAUAACAAUAAUAUUAUUUGAACCCCAUCCAUCUGACCGGGUUGCCCCCGCCACUCUGGGCAGCUUCCAUCACACAUAAAACAUAAUAAAACCUCAAACAUUGAGAACUUCCCUAUACAGUGGUACCUUGGGUUAAGUACUUAAUUCGUUCCAGAGGUUCGUUCUUAACUUGAAACUGUUCUUAACCUGAAGCACCACUUUAGCUAAUGGGGCCUCCCGCUGCUGCUGCGCCGCCAGAGCACAAUUUCUGUUCUCAUCCUGAAGCAAAGUUCUUAACCCGAGGUACUAUUUCUGGGUUGGCAGAGUCUGUAACCUGAAGCGUAUGUAACCCGAGGUACCACUGUACAGGGCUGCCUUCAGAUGUCUUCUAAGGGUUAUAUAGUUAUGCCAUCUGACGGAAGGGCAUUCCACAGAGAGGGUGCUGCUACCGAGAAGGCCCUCAGCCUGGUUCCCUGUAGCUUCACUUCUCGCAGCAAGUGAACCGCCAGAUGGUCCUCAAAGCUGGACCUCAGUGUCCGGGCUGGAUGAUGGAGGUGGAGACGCUCCUUCAGGUAGACAGGGCAGAAGCCAUUAAGGGCUUUAAAGGUCAGCACCAACAGUGAAUUGUGCUGUGAAACAUAUAAGGGCAUUGUCUUCUUUCUCUCGCAGAGCAAAAUAGGGCAAGGAAGGUGCAUGGCUUCUCGCGCAAAACUCGGCACCCACUUGAACCCAAGUCUCUGCAGCGCUGGUCUCCACACCAGUGCACUGACUCUCCAGAAUUUGCUCUUUGUGCAAAGGGUUGACGUCAGUGAGCCACUGGGUUGCUUCUAAAUCUUACGUAACUUUUGGAAAUGUAGCAACCGUCUUUUUAUCCCCGCAAGAGAACAUCUGGAUUUUCUUUUGAACGAGGUUGACCGCUUUUCUUCAUAAGACGAUCAUUUCAGAAUGCCUGAAUAAAUUCUAAUUUCUUUCCCCCUUUUUUAUUAAAUACACCACAUGCAAAAAGAAAAUAUAAAGAUACACAAAUAUCCAUCACCUCCUAACAACAACAAAAAGAAAAAGAAAAAACAACAACAGCAACAACAACAACACCAACACCAAUACAUUAAAUAAAUUUUCAUUUCUUGCUGCUUACAAUGUUCUUCUCACUCGUCCUGCCUGCAUAAUUCAGGGUGGCUGGUUACAUGCCAGCAAACCCUCACAGCUUCUGGUGUUUCAGAUCCUCAAGAUAGGAGACUCUCCAAGGGCCCAGAAUCUCCCUAAGAUUUUGAUGGUGUCUCUUGCACUUCCUCAUUCACCAUCUCUAUGGGUGCUGAAAAGUGCCCUCUGCCUUUGAGCUUUUUGCUCUCCUGCUUUCAAGGCUUGCUGGGUGCUGGGAGAGGGGUGUGGUCUGGAAUGCUUUCUAAAGACACUGUGUCCGUCAGCUGUCGCCCCCCUGGUGCUUCCUCUUCCUCUUCCUCCUUCUCCUCCUCCUCCUCCUCCUCCCAUUAUUUCCCAGCUUUCCCCCUCAUCUGCCUCUGAACUGUGACCUCCCUCAAACCCCUGUUAUAAUUCUGAACUGUUGUCUUCUUCUCUGGAAGGUUCAGGCUGGGGGAGGGGGGGUCUCCACCAUUCCUCCUCUGCCCAGUCCUGACACUUACUUAGUCGUUCUCCCCACUUUAUUCUCACAACAGCCCUGUGAGGUAGGUUAGACUGAGAGUAAGUGUCUGGGCCCAAGUGCACCCAGUGGACUGAGUGGGGAUUUGAACCCUGCUCUACGAGGUCCUAGUCCAACACUCUAACCACUGUACUACAAUAGCUCUUGCAGAUAUGCAUCAGUGUAAAGGAAAAAGCGGCUGGUGGUUGUUGAGUGCUAUUGGGUGAUUGGCUUCCUUGUCAGCUUUGCCGAUUCUUUUAUAGGUCCACGGACUUGGGGUUCACCUCCAUCGUUUCGUUUUCUUCCAGGUGAUCCUCCACAAGCAGCUGCUUGGAUUGGGCAGUGCAUCCUCUACCUGUUGAUUAUGGUCUUUGAGAAGACGACAGUUGGCCUUGUCUUGCUCAUUCCUGGCUGGACGAAGGUAAGAAAGGUGUAUGUUAACUAUUCCUUAAGAGGAGGCAGAAAAGGCUUGGCCUGAGGACAGGGAGGGGAACAAGCCGUCCCAAAGCUUUCCCCCAAAGAAUCCUGGGAACUAUCGUUGGAUAAGGGAGCUACAGUGUUCUGAGCGGUGAAACAAACAAUCCCUCUUUCUAGGGAACUCUGGGUAUUGUAGGUCUGUAAGGGGAAGAGGGGGUCUCCAAACAACUCUCAGCACCCUUCUUAAACUACAAUUCCCAGAAUUCCCAGCCCUAACUGCUUAAAGCGGUACGAUACUGUUUUGAAUGCAUAGUGCAGAUGGGACCUUAAUCUAGAGCAUGGGUAGGCAAACUAAGGCCCAGGGGCUGGAUCCGGCCCAAUCGCCUUCUCAAUCUGCCCCAUGGACGGUCCGGGAAUCAGUGUGUUUUUACAUGAGUAGAAUGUGUCCUAUAAUUUAAAAUGCACCUCUGGGUUAUUUGUGGGGCCUGCCUGGUGUUUUUACAUGAGUAGAACGUGUGCUUUUAUUUAAAAUGCAUCUCUGGGUUAUUUGUGGGGAACAAAAUAUAGCCCCCCACAAGGUCUGAGGGACAGUGGACGGGCCCCCUGCUGAAAAAGUUUGCUGUCCCCUGGUCUAGAGAUACUUCUUGGGUUAGAUUCAGUGGAGUCGCCCAUACUUUCAUGCAUGGCUAAUGGGUGAAUUUGUAAAAAAACUGUCCAGUAGCACCUUAGAGACCAACUAAGUUUGUUCUGGGUAUAAGCUUUGUGAUGCGUUCCUUUGAGCAACAGAUGAGACACCUGAAACCCUGGGUUUGUUUUUAACCUGUGGAUCUGCUCGCAAGGAAGGAAUAGGGAAAACUAUAGGGAUGUGGGUGGCGCUGUGGGUUAAACCACAGAGCCUAGGACUUGCCGAUCAGAAGGUCGGCGGUUUGAAUCCCUGCGACGGGGUGAGUUCCCGUUGCUCUGUCCCAGCUCCUGCCAACCUAGCAGUUCGAAAGCACAUCAAAGUGCAAGUAGAUAAAUAGGUACCACUCUGGCGGGAAGGUAAACAGUGUUUCUGUGUGCUGCUCUGGUUCACCAGAAGCGGCUCAGUCAUGCUGCUCACAUGACCCGGAAGCUGUACACCAGCUCCCUCAGCCAGUAAAGUGAGUCGUCUGCGACUGGACCUAACGGUCAGGGGCCUUUACCUUUAACCACCACGAAGGAAUCCCUGAUUCGCACAUUCUUGCAAACGCAUUCCCAAAUGGGCUGGGGACAGCUGAGUGUGAUGCGUGGCUGCAGUUUUAAAAUCUGUAGAUCAUUGUGAGAUGAAAGGAAAAUCGCAAACAACUUGGGUGUCUAGAUUUCCUGAAAUGCUGGGCUUGAAACUCACCAACUCUGCGCGAAGCCAGUUGUAACAUUUUCAGACUUGGCAAGGCACAUUUACGAAUGUCCUCAACUGCAAAUGUACCCUUUCCUCUCUAGAUAGUGUGGGUAGGGAUGAUGGGAUUUGUAGUCCUACCUAACAUCUGAAGGGGAUCACAUGGACCAGACCUUGUUUAGUAAGCAUGCAAGACACAUUUAAUCUCUUUGAAAGGUGUAUGGUAUUUUAUGCCUUUUCCAGCUUCAAGAGAUUCUUCUGAACUACAUUCCUGAUCCACAGCUGGAGCUGGUGUUGGUGAUGCUUGUGGUCCCUUUUAUAGUCAACGUGAGUAACUUCUGGGAGGAAAUCUUGAGCUUUCUGUCUGUUUUGAGGCUGCAAUCUUGAAGCGGCUGGGGGGGGGGGAUUUUCACCCUGUGAUAAAAUACUGAUGUGGAGGAAGACCUCAGCCUUUGGAAAUAUGAGGUGGUGGCUGGGCUCUGAGGAAAGCCAGGUGGACUGGAGGCAUGAAUCGGGGAGAAAUUUGAUUCUGUUAUAUUUAAAGGCACACAUACCUAAUUCACACUUGCUGGGGGGUGGGGAAGUGUGCUGAGACACAGUCGUCCUUCAGAACUUGCUCUCUUCAAGCACGUAAUGCCUAGAUUAAGUACCGUAUUUUUUGCUCUAUAAGACUCACUUUUUCCCUCCUAAAAAGUAAGGGGAAAUGUGUGUGCGUCUUGUGGUGCGAAUGCAUGCUGCGCAGCUAUCCCAGAAGCCAGAACAGCAAGAGGGAUUGCUGCUUUCACUGCACAGCGAUCCCUCUUGCUGUUCUGGCUUCUGAGAUUCAGAAUUAUUUUUUUCUUGUUUUCCUCCUCCAAAAACUAGGUGCGUCUUGUGGUCUGGUGCGUCUUAUAGAGCGAAAAAUACGGUACAUGCCCUGGGUCAAAGUGUGCAUUAGAAAUGCAUAGAUUCGUGCAAAACAGUGUAAUGGAAGUGCAUUAUAUUGGGUGAAAUUGCUUUGCAAAAAUACAUCCACGCAGGGCCGUAGCUAGGGGGUGUCGAGGAAGGCCCCCGCCAUGGGUGCAUGUGAGGGCUGGGUGCAAAAUCAGCUAGAAUAUGCCCAUAAAUAUGUUUAUAAAUAAAAAAUAUUGAUUAUUGCCUCAUAAGAAAAGGUUUUUAAUAGAGGGUCUUUAUAUGACAUGCACGGGGGGGGGGGGUCGCGUUUCCCCCUAUUUUUCUUGGCUGGGGGGCGCAAUCUGGACGUUUUCUGCCAGGGGCGCAAGAUCACCUAGCUAUGGCUCUGCGUCUACUAGGGCAAACUCUUUUAAAAAUGUGAGGGAUAAAUUAGCACUAAAUAAAUAUAAAUGUAAACUAUAUUUAUUUAUACCCUGCCUUUUUCCCUGGCAGGACUCAAAAGGGGCUUACAGAUAAAAGUGCUGGUGCAUUUUUGUGCAGACGUUAAAAAAAUAAAAUUUCCACAAACUGAGAUGGAGAACUGAGAGUUAAAGACGAACAUGAGAAACAGAGAGAGACUGAAAUUGACAGAUUUGUCCAUUAUUGAUUCUUCUUCUUCGGCAAUCCCUCGUAGCCGAGUAAGAUUGUCUUCCAUAAACACGGUUUUAACAAUGAGUCCGUAAGUGACUGUGGAGGUCAAUUCUGGAUCCACACGUCCUUCCACAGCGGGGACAUUGGUUUCCAGGCGGGAGCUGAUCACAGUGUGGAUUUACCAAGCGUGCCUUCCUCCUAGCACGUUUCUCCCUUGCGUCCUGAGUUCGAGUGUCUUCAAAGCCCAUGACACCUUUGGCAAAGGCUGUUCUCUAACUGGAGCUUGCAGGCCAGUGUUUCCCAGUUGCCAGUGUUUAUACUACAUUUUUUUAGCUUUGCCUUGAGAUAGUCUUUAAACCUCUUUUGUUGACCACCAGCAUUACGCUUUCCAUUUUUAAGUUGGGAAUAGAGUAGUUGCUUUGGAAGACGAUCAUCAGGCAUCCGCACAACAUGACCAGUCCAACAGAACUGAUGUUGAAGAAUCAUUGCUUCAACACUGGUGAUCUACUGGUUCAUGAUGACAUAGGAAACCCUCUUUAUGCUGAGUGGAGACCGUGGGUCAAUUUAGGUCAGUAUUUGCUAUGCUGACUGGCAAUAGCUAUCCGGGAUUUCGGUCAGGGCUCUCAGCCAUACCUGGAGGUGCCAGCAAUCAAUAUCUUCUGCAUAUAAAACAGGCUCUCUACUACAGAGCAAUGGCAAUUGGCUCUUUCUGAAGCUGGGAAGCUGACGCUGAGGUUGGAAGCUCAAUGCAGCAUUAAAAAGAUUUGCCCUUUAAUUGUCUGCCCCUGAUGAAGAGGAACAAAUACCCCUCUCUUUUUGCUCUGAGGCCUGGGGGAAAGAGGUGGGAGGAGACUGACCAGAACCCACGGAUUCCGUAAUCCAGAGACCUCUUGGCAAGGCAACAAAACCAGAAAGUUGCAUUCUCAAAUUCUCUUCAAUAAGAAGCAAGAGUUUGGAAAAUAACAGGCAUUUUGCAUGUCUGCAAAAAUCUAAAGGAUAUAUAAUACAAGCACAAGUAGUGAUGACUGUACAGUGGUACCUCGGGUUAAGUACUUAAUUCGUUCCGGAGGUCCGUACUUAACCUGAAACUGUUCUUAACCUGAAGCACCACUUUAGCUAAUUGGGCCUCCUGGCACCACCGGAGCACGAUUUCUGUUCUCAUCCUGAAGUUCUUAACCUGAAGCACUAACGAUUUCUGUUCUCAUCCUGAAGUUCUUAACCUGAAGCACUAUUUCUGGGUUAGUGGAGUCUGUAACCUGAAGCGUAUGUAACCAGAGGUACCACUGUAUCUGGUUUAAGGGUGCUGGCUUUUUUGCAUAUCUGACAGAGCAGAAUUAUUUUUAAAGGGGAUUGGACCGGAGCUAUAAAAACAUGCUAGUAAAAAAAACCAGGAAGCUGCUAUCUGCACCCCAGCUUGUUCUAUCAAAUGACAAAUCGUACGGUGGUUGUUGUUUAAAAGAAGAAAACGUAGAGCAUUUAUGGGAAAUCUUUUCAUCUGCUGUUAAAACUGGCAGAGCAGUAGGAAGCCAUCAGCCGGGGAGGGGCGUAGAAAGAUUUGGCAUGUAGUGUUACUAUGUGAGCUCAUUAUAAAUUAAUUUCUUGCUAUCAUUUUCCACACUGAGACAGUCAUUAUUUUGCAACGAAGCGUUUUGGGAUCAUAUAAGUUGAGAGCGUUGCAGCUGUUUUCUUGACCAAAACUCGGUUUUACCUCUACCCUCGGUAUUUGUGCUGACGUUACAGUUCACAAGAAAUAAUAGUCUCUUAGUUUACAGUGCAGCGGUGGAGCGGUUGUGUGUGCGGUUGUGUGUGUGUGUGUGUGUGCACCCCAUGCCAGGGGUAGGGCACAAACAGAGCCCACCUUGCCUGCCCAGCCCCCAUCAAGGCCACACCAGCCCCGAUCGGCACGGCUGUCUUGCCCUUCUCGCGCCAGCUUCCCCAGAAUUGAGCCUUGCAAUUCCGCUUGGGGACAGCGACAACCACAUGUUGCACCCCCUGCCGCCCGCUGGGCAGCCGAUGAAGCACUUGGCAGGUGCAAACCCUCACAUCAGGCCCCCAGCACAGCAUGGCCUGGUGCUCCUUUCCGUGAGCGUUGGUUUCCCCAAUGCCAGAACAGGAGCGCCAGGCAUGAGGGUGCCCGCUUCACGAACCCCUAAAAAAUCUGUGCCCGGGGCCACAGCCUCUCUUGCACCCCCUACACUAUGCCCCUGUUACAGCGGUAUGUCUCUGAUGUCAGAGCCCUGUGGCAGGAGAGCGUUCAGUUUAAAUGCUUAGAAGAAACACAGGAUGGCUUUGUUUCUGAUCAGUCACUCUUAACUUUUGCUUUUUGUAAAGGAGUUCCUUGAAGUCCUGCCAGGGAACCAUGAAUGGAUUUGCUCCACCCUCCAAAACGCUGGCUUUUGUUUUAUGUGUCUGGGUGCUGCUUGUUCUUUUCUUGCGGUUUUUUUUUUGGACAGUGGUACCUCGGGUUAAGAACUUACCGUAUUUUUUGCUCUAUAAGACUCACUUUUUCCCUCCUAAAAAGUAAGGGGAAAUGUGUGUGCGUCUUAUGGAGUGAAUGCAGGCUGCACAGCUAUCCCUCUUGCUGUUCUGGCUUCUGAGAUUCAGAAUAUUUUUUUUCUUGUUUUCCUCCUCCAAAAACUAGGUGCAUCUUAUGGUCUGGUGCAUCCUAUAGAGCGAAAAAUACGGUAAUUCAUUCUGGAGGUCCGUUCUUAACCUGAAACUGUUCUUAACCUGAGGUACCACUUUAGCUAAUGGGACCUCCUACUGCCGCUGCACUGCCAGAGCACGAUUUCUGUUCUCAUCCUGAAGCAAAGUUCCUAACCCGAGGUACUAUUUCUGGGUUAGCGGAGUCUGUAACCUGAAGCAUCUGUAGCCUGAGGUACCACUGUCCUGACAUGGAAUCUUCUUUACAUUUUAGUGGGGACCCAAAACUGAACAACAGCAAUAACAAAGUAUAGCCUAUCUUCUGCGAAGAAUUUCCGUUUUUCCGCCCUGGAAGUACAGAGCCUAAUGUCUGUCCCUCUGUUCUUCAAGUACAGUUGUACCUCGGAAGUCGAACCGAAUCUGUUCUGGUAGUCCAUUCGACUUCCAAAACAUACGGAAACCAAAGUGUGGCUUCAGAUUGGCUGCAGGAAGGUCCUGCAGCCAAUUGGAAACCGCAGAAGCCCCGUUGGAGGUUCAGGUUCCAAAGAACAUUCGCAAACCAGAACACUCUUUUCCCGGAUUGUGGCAUUCGGGAGCCAAAACGUUUGAGAACUAAGCUGUUCAAUAACCAAGGUACAUCUGUAUUAAUAGUUCCCCCCCUUUGUUUUUCUCUCUUUUUAAGGCUGUUAUGUUCUGGGUAGUGGACAGCUUGAUCAUGAAGAAGCACAAGCAGAAAGAAAGCUUUGAAAUCAGUGGAGUGAUGGAAAUCUCACGAGCUUUGCGGGAUGAAGAAUACCAGGUGAGGGGGGCCACUAGGGGGCGCAUUGGAAGAUGGCCGAAAAUACCAUCUCUCCGACCCACACGGGGUAAUUAAGAGGCUGUUAUGGGAGUAGGCAGCCUCCCUUGUUGCCCCAAGGAAAUAGGGAACACUGCCCUUGCCUGCUGUGCCCAUAAAUCACCCCCUAAUUCGAAAGAAGGGGGUGAGGGCCCUAGGCAGAAUGGCCCCGUGUGGACCUCGGCUCUCCUGGACGCUGUCUCUGAUCGCGCACUAGUUGCAGCAAUUUGGAAUAAUUAAUUACAAAAGAAGCAAAUGCACGUAUUUCAAGUGAAGAAGGGAGUGAAGUCUGCUAAUUUAAGUGACCUCUGCGAAAGAAGACGACGGGCUGGAGAAACAGGAAUAUUUUACGAUGAAGAUACACCAAAGGCGGGGUAUGUUGACAACGGGGCUGAAUGGGGGGACCUUUUUACUUUCCUUCUAUGUGAUUUACAAGAACCCCCCUCAUUAGAACCGUCGGUUGAACUGACCCAAGCAGGAUGAUUAAGGUCUGUGUGGAGAUAAACUUUAACCAAAAGUAUGCUUUAUGGAGACCGAGAAGCAAUAAGAGCUUUUGGGAAUGGCGCAGCAAUUAAUUCGAGUCGCCAUCUUGCCAAAGGAUUUAUAGCCGGGAGGAAGAACGGACUUGUUUUCAGACUGCAUUCCUAGUGAAUCUCCUCAGAGGUUUUGAGAAAGGAGGCAGAUUGGUGAAGAUUAAUGACGCUAAGACUGUUUUGAUGUAUGGAAGUGAUGUUAUAUGGAAAACGUCUGGAUAUGGCUACUGGAUAAAAAAAAUAAUAUCCACGCAGGAUUACAAACUGUUCUAACCAGCUUGCGAAGACUAUCAGAGGUCACAGAGAGAAAGGAAAAAUAUAUGAAAAUAACAACAAGAGAUGUGGAAAAAUAAUAAGAAAGGACUGGAUAGUACUGUGAACAUCAUAAGGUUAGAUUUGUGGACAUUAAAACAGCAGUAAGAAGCAAGAAGUUGAUUGGAUCCCUUCGGAACUUGAAAUAUGGGUACCCCCAACAAAAAUUUAAAAUUCGGCUGUGUAAUUUGGAAUUUAUGUAAUUUGGUUUGAUUUGAUGUGAUUGGUCGGUUAAUAAAAAAUUAUUCAUAAAAAAAAAGAAUACCAGGUGAGAACAGAAGACCCAUCAAAUUAAAAAGGUAAAGGUAAAGGGACCCCUGACCAUUAGGUCCAGUCGUGACCAACUCUGGGGUUGCGGCGCUCAUCUCGCUUUAUUGGCUGAGGGAGCCGGCAUACAGCUUCCGGGUCAUGUGGCCAGCAUGACAAAGCCGCUUCUGGCGAACCAGAGCAGUGCACAGAAACGCCAUUUACCUUCCCGCCGGAGCGGUACCUAUUGAUCUACUUGCACUUUGACGUGCUUUCAAACUGCUAGGUUGGCAGGAGCAGGGACCGAGCAACGGGAGCUCACCCCGUCAAAGGGAUUUGAACCGCCAACCUUCUGAUUGGCAAGCCCUAGGCUCAGUGGUUUAACCCACAGCGCCACCCACGUCCCUAAUUCUCUUACCUUUUUAUUAUCAUUUUUAUUCCACCUUUCCCCCAGAACUGGGAGUCAAGAUGUCUUACAAAAACUGGCACGACACUGCUUUAAAUGUAUGGUGCAGAUGUCACCUGAGAUUUCUUUUGAAUAAGUGGUUGUACACAAUGCGGAGAUUCUGCCCUCUGGGAUAUUGGCUGUCCUGUUUGCAGAAGUCCUUCUGAGGAUUUCCCCAACAUUUUCACAGCGUUAAAUGCUCCCUCUUGCCCUUUCUCUUUUCUUUUAAGAAGAAGCUAAAAGGAAAAGAGGGACGCAGGUGGCGCUGUGGGUUAAACCACAGAGCCUGGGACUUGCCGAUCAGAAGGUCGGCGGUUCGAAUCCCCGCGACGGGGUGAGUUCCCGUUGCUCGGUCCCUUUGCCUUUGUAAAAGGAAAAGAUUUUCUAAAAGGAAAAGAAAGUCCAGCUGAUUUUGUGUGCAUCAAGCACAAGAUUCUAAAAAUGGACAUUGCUCUGCUAUCCAGCGCAAGCCAAACAUCCUUUAAAAUCCUAGUAAAACCUCCAGAUAUUUUGCAGGACAACUCCUGGUCCCUGUACUCCCUCCUGUUCCAGAACUUCUGCAGGGCAUCUGGUUGGCAAAGGAUGAAAUAGAAGUUCUUGUGAGGUUCUCAAUUUUCCGCCAUAAAAUGAGCAGCGGUGACUCACUGACUUGGUGCAAGGAAGAAAUCUUAAGAAAAGGGGGGGGGGAAAUCCCCACCCCACAUUGGAACACUCAAUGCAGGCAAUGGACAGUAACCAGGCAGGUCGAAAUCUUCCUGUUGUUCCCAAAAGCAGGCAAGGAAGCUCUUCCUCUCGGCUCAGUGUCCUCCACGACCUUCGUUGCAAGUUCAAAGGAAAAGAUCCAUAAUAUUUUCCCGGCAGGUCUUUGUUCUCGGCCUUUGCUAACACAACUUGGGCCCCUGGGGAGGUUGUGUUUGUAGCAUCCCAUGUCUCUGUUUGCAUAUGACAUUAUGGUCAAAGGGCAUAACGAGGGUAGUUGAUCGUUUAACCUCGCUCCUGUCGGUUUCCAGGGACUGCGUGUGUUUGUAUUGAAAAUUCAGAUCUUUGGCAAUGUACAAAUUCUAGCUGGAAGGAAGAGGAGGAGACCUCCUAGUUGCAGUAGACAGUGGUUGGCUCGCUGCCUCUGUCUACUGUAUAGAGAGACCUUCACUCUGUCCAGGGCAAUUAAAAAUUGAGCCUUAAAAACCAGCCUUUCUCAACCUGGGGGUCCCCAGAUGUUGUUGAACUACAACUCCCAUCACCCUUAGCUAGCAAGGCCAGAGCUCAGGUGAAAUAUACUCGGAGUCGAGAGUGGAUUUCAUGCUCUUUAUUCAGCUCAUAGUGGUGAGGAGGAAUGGAAGUUCCCCCAGAAUGUCUGCUUUAUAUACAUUAUUUACACAAUGGGCCCCACGUGAUUGGCUAAUUCCGGGAUUCACCUGUAGCCAAUCUGGUUGCGGAUUCACUUCCACCUGGAGCUGGAUUGGGUGGCUCGUGUGGACCACUCAGACUGCUGCAUUCUGGACCCUAUUGUUCUAGGACCAAUCAGACUGCUGCAUUCUGAAUCCUAUUGUUCUAGGACCAAUCAGACUGCUGCCUUUUGGAUUCUAUUCAACUCCCAACAUCAGGGAUGAUGGGAGUUGUAGUCCAACAACAUCUGGGGACCCACAGGUUGAGAACCACUGCAAAACAGUUUAAAACAAACAUCAGCCGCAGAAAUUUUAGAUAUAGCAGCGUGCAAGUGGACCCUCUGGAACGUGAAGGAUUGGUUGAGGUCGAUCUUAAUCAUAGUUCUUUGCUCACUCAGCUGAAAAUACUUGGAACAGACUUCCCUUCAGUUUCUCCUCCUGCUCCUCAAAGAGAUGUAGAGACUUUUAUUUUAUUUUUUUACCUGGACUCCUGGCUUCACUUCUGGUCAAGUACCUCAAAAGCUUUAUCCGCAUUGAUCAGGUCUGGCUGCAAGCAGGCGCCAAGAGCUAUCCACCCCACUUAGAUUUCAGGUCCUAUCUUUGAAAUAAAGCUCUCCAUUCUUCGCAGUGCGGAGUGCGGCAGAGGGGGCAAAGUAUACAGCUCCUGCACGGCUUGAAUAGGGGCAGACCAAAUAUUCAUGCAGUCCUUUGCUUUCCUUCGCAAGGAAAUAAAUGCCAGGCUUGCUGCCCAUUCUGGAAGGAGAAAUGCGCAAAACCUGCCUAGAAAUCGUACCUUUAGAAACUCGAGUAUAAUAAUAAUAAUAAUAAUAAAUUUGGUGGGUUUUUUGCCCCCAGCUGUCUCAAGAGACAAUAGAGUAUGUCUCCACAGGUGAAGACAAACCACCGUGUUAGCAGCCCUGAGGUGAUCUUCCUGGGACACCAAGGGUCAUCUAGUCCUACCCCCUGCAAUGCCAGAAUCUCAACACUCAGUCCCCCACCCAGUUUGAAACCACCCUAGACCCUGCUUAGCUUUGUAAAUGUGCAAGCCCUUUUAUUGCUGCUCCACUAGGAGGACAGGAGUAUUAUAUUGCUUUAAAUCAGCCUUUCUCAACUUGUGGGUCCCCAGAUGUUGUUGAACUACAACUCCCAUCACCCCUAGCUAGCAAGGCCAGAGCUCAGGGAUGAUGGCAGUUGCAGUCCAACAACAUCUGGGGACCCACAGGUUGAGAACCACUGCGUCACGUCUUUCCCCCAGAGGAUCCUGGGAGCUGUAGCUUGAUAAGGGUGCCAAGACCCCAUUUCCCCUCACAGUGCUCCAUUUCCCAGAAUUCCUUGGGAAAGAGGGACUGACUGACUGGCUUGACAAGACUUAGAGCAGACAGAAGGGGGAAGCAAUUAUUCACACAGCAUAUAGUUAAACAGUGGAACUCGCUCCCAAGGGAUGCCCACCACCUUGGACGGCUUUAAAGAGGAUUAGGCAAAUUCAUCACAGGGAUGCGGGUGGCACUGUGGGUUAAAUCACAGAGCCUAGGACUUGCCGAUCAGAAGAUCGGCGGUUCGAAUCCCCGCGAUGAGGUGAGCUCCUGUUGCUCGGUCCCAGCUCCUGCCCACCUAGCAGUUCGAAAGCACGUCAAAGUGCAAGUAGCUAAAAUAGCUACUGCUUCAGCAGGAAGGUAAAUGGCAUUUCUGUGCGCUGCUCUGGUUUGCCAGAAGCGGCUUAAUUAUUCUGGCCACAUGACCCGGAAGCUGUACGCCGGCUCCCUCAGCCAGUAAAGUGAGAUGAGCGCUGCAACCCCAGAGUCGGUCACGACUGGACCUAAUGGUCAGGGGUCCCUUUACCUUUAUCUUUUGGCAAAUUCAUGGCUACAUUUUGUAUUCACUGUCAGCUCUGAAUGCCAAUUGCUGGAAAUUGCAAGCCAGGAGCGAACUAUUAAGCUCAGAUCCUGCUUCCAUACUUCCCCUUAGAGCAGGGGUAGGCAACCUAAGGCCCGGGGGCUGGAUCCGGCCCAAUCACAUUCUCAAUCCGGCGUGCGGACGGUCUGGGAAUCUGUGUGUUUUUACAUGAGUAGAAUGUGUCCUUUUAUUUAAAAUGCAUCUCUGGGUUAUUUGUGGGGCCUGUCUGGUGUUUUUACACGAGUAGAAUGUGUGCUUUUAUUUAAAAUGUGGCUCUGGGUUAUUUGUGGGGCAUAGGAAUUUGUUCAUUUCCACCCCCCAAAAAAUGUAGUCCGGCCCCUCACAAGGUCUGAGGGACAGUGGACCGGCCCCUGCUGAAAAAGUUUGCUGACCCCUGCCUUAGAGUGUCUGCUUGGCCACUGUGAGAAAUCGGUAGCUCACUGGCCUGAUCCUGCAAGGCUUUUUUUUCCCUUACGACUUUAGGCACUACAUACUGUGGUGUUUGCCAUCCUCUCCCACUUCCUCCUUAAAUGGGAGGAUGUUCACUGUGUUUGGAUUUCCCCUUUAGCUUUCUGGUCAUCACAGGGGCUGCCUCCUCCCCACCCCCACCCUCGGCCUUCCUGCCCAUUGCAGCCUUAACAGUAACUAAAACACGGGCAGUUCCUACUGUUCCGUUUUCUGCAAAUGAACGUGCAACUUUGGGAGGUAGACAAGAAAGGAACAAACAGUCAUUUGUGCUGGAGCCAAGAAGAGCUGUUGGUACAUUGUUAACUACCCUGUUUUUCCGGGGGUGAGCUUUCAAAGCACUCUGCUGAAUGUUUGCGUUACAUUCUCUAAACAGUCCUAUGCACCUUGCGAGUAACCCCUGUUGAACUCAAUGGGACUUGCUUCUGAAUAGACGUGUAUAGGAUUGUACGGUGGUUAAAUAAAUUGGGGCAAUGCAGGGAAUGCCAUUAAGCUGAAUCUUUCUGCAACAGCGUCAGAAUUAUAGAACAAUCCAUCCGUUUUUGAUGGCCAUGGGUUGGUCAGUGUGGUGAUCAAAUUUGCUCGGCAUGUGUUUUAAUUUGUUUUAAGCUUACUGUUAAGGGACGCGGGCGGCGCUGUGGGUUAAACCACAGAGCCUAGGACUUGCCGAUCAGAAGGUCGGCGGUUCGAAUCCCUGCGACAGGGUGAGCUUCCGUUGCUUGGUCCCUGCCCCUGCCAACCUAGCAGUUCGAAAGCACGUCAAAGUGCAAGUAGAUAAAUAGGUACUGCUCUGGCGGGAAGGUAAACGGUGUUUCCGUGUGCUGCUCUGGUUCACCAGAAGCGGUUUAGUCAUGCUGGGCACAUGACCCGGAACCUGUACGCCGGCUCCCUCAGCCAGUAAAGCGAGAUGAGCGCCACAACCCGAGUCGGCCACGACUGGACCUAAUGGUCAGGGGUCCCUUUGCCUUUACCUUUACUAAGCUUACUGUUAUAUUUUAAAUGCCUGUUUUUAACAGUCUCUUAUUGAUUAUUUUAAUGGGGUUUUUUUUGUUAGUCGCUUAAAGGUUUUAUUAUAACAAAUGGUAGGUAAAUAAAAAAAAAAUUGAAUAUUUUUAAGUUUUUAAUCUGAUCUGUGUAGGUAGGGUUUAAUCCAUAGGAUUUCCUUUUCCCAAAAUUGUCCCACAAGGCAGCGAGUAUGGAUUGUACCUCAGGUUUCAGUCCCGAAGCCUUUCUCACAAAUGAGUGUGGCUGCAACAGUUUAGGAUCAGAGUCUUCCUUCUCCUAGAUGGGCUACAUUACACAAAUAUUAAAAAUAUGAAGCCUUAAUUAAGAUACACAAUAAAACAACCCCAUUGAAACAUUUAAAUACAAAUUUCCCUGGUUUAAAAGUGGCACUGUAUAAAUAAAAUAAGAAUUAAGUUGGCAUCUUGGUUUUCUGCUUUGGUUUUGCAGGUGCUGCUGUGUCCGGCUGUGGAUUUUGACCAUCCUGCGAGCGACCAGGAACAGUCAGGGUCUUUCCUCAGAGUGAAUCCGACGACAAGACCAUUGGACCACCCGGUUUCAGUUUAAAUGGGGAUUGCAAGCUGAGCCGAAAGGUGGGGACAGUGGCAACUGAGAGACCUGCAAUAAGGAUGCUUCUUCACAAAUGAUGCACCCAUCUUUGGUUUUCCGGAAAAGUGGAGCGUCUGUGGCAAUUAUGCAUUUAAAUAAGGACCACAAGGUGGCGCCAUCCCAUUGCAUCCAAAUGUGAUAAUGCGCAUGGGAUUCUCCAUCAUUCUUGGCCUUUUCUUGGUAGUGUGGUGUCGGGUAUUUGAUCGACAGAAGAUUACAUUGUUGGUUGCAUUUUGUUCUCCUGAGCUGUGCUCACACAGAUGAGACAGCGUGGGUUGACUUGAUUCUGGCUGGCCAGCUGGUGGCAGAUUUUGUUUGCGUCUGAAUGGUAACACUGCAUCCUUGAAAGAAUCAAGAUUGUAUGUCUGGAGUGACUCUUCUGGCACGCAAACUGCACAGAUCACUCGUAAAAAAAAAAACCAGGUUGCAAAACUCUGUUUUGAAAACAGAAAGCCUGAGGACUAAUCUCGACUCAACUGUUGUUGCUUUUUUACGCUUUUAUUAUAAGAAGUGUAAUAAAUGUUUGAUAUUUAAA